GUUCUCUCUGUUUGUAAAUUUCUGAAGACUGAUCUUGCAGGUAGCAGUUCAUUUUUAUGUAAGGUAGACUUUUAAGUCGGUGGUUGGAGUUGCGUUAAACCAUGAUUAGUACUGAACAGAUAUAUUUUUAGAAAGCUUUUCGUUCUCUCUGCAAAAAUGAAAUUACUGUGGUUUAUGUUAUGUUUGACAAGUUAUUCCUGUUUGGCAAAUUCCCAAGAAAAUGAUGAAGCAGCUGUAUUGCAAAAGGAUCUUCAAGACUUCGUGAGGCGACUCAGCCAGCAACAGCUACAUACGACGCAAAACAUGAGGUCUCCUCUCCUGUCACAAAUGCACUACCCUUUGUCGAGGCCACCUUUUGAACCAAAUGAAGAUCUAAUAUCUUCGCCCUCUGGCUUCAAUUUCCCAUUUCAAAGUAGAAACGAUGGCAGAGAAGGAGCACGAUCCUUUGCUUCAUCUUUUUCGUCUGUGAAGAGGCCCCACGAUUCUGGGGAAGUUAGAAGUGAAGCUGUAGCAUAUGCAUCAGUGAAUGAUGUUAAUAAAGAGGAGCAUCUAGGAGAAGAUAUGGAAUCUGAAAAAACAUCCACUGUUGAAGAAACUCACAGAACUUCACCAUCUCAUAUGGACACCACUUCAAGCGUUUCCUCUGAAGGAACUGGCCCAUACCAUUUAAAACAACAACAAGUAGAAACAGUUCUUAGGAAAGAAGAUGAUUCUUUCAGUGAUGUAUAUUUUGUUGCUAUAGUUGCUGGAUGCUGUGCUGUAGGAAUAUUUGGUGUCAUAUCAGCUGGAGUCUGCUUUUACAGGCUACAGAAAAGUAGAAAAGCGGCCGCUGAUGUUGAUUAUCCCGCGUAUGGUGUGACUGGUCCAUGCAAAGAUAUUUCAUCUCCCAACGGGGAUCGGAAGUUAGCUCAGAGUGCUCAGAUGUACCAUUACCAGCAUCAAAAACAGCAGAUGAUUGCUGUUGAAAAAGCUGGGUCUACAAAAAAUACUUCAGCUUCAGAUGUUGAUUCUGAAGAAGAAAAUGAAGAAGGCGAUUACACUGUUUAUGAAUGUCCAGGAUUAGCUCCAACUGGUGAGAUGGAGGUUAAAAAUCCUUUAUUCCAUGAUGAUUCUACUCCAGUGUCUCCCCCGCUCCCAGCUAAGUCAGAUGACAUCCACCAUAACUGAACUUUUGCAUCCAUCCAGAAAUGUCCUUGCUCGAAAGCUACCAGUUAUUACCCUCCUUCGGUUUAUCCUGUCCUAAAUCUGCAAAAAAUUUCUAUAUCCUCUACUAUAUGCAAUAAGAUUCAACCACUUCAAAAAGGUGCUUUUAUUUCCAGGAAAGAUAGAGCAUCUUUAUCUUAGUUUAAAUUCUAAUUUUCUCUAAAAUUUGUGGUAAUUAUUGCUAAUAAGAGACAGAACAGCAUUUAAUUCAAUAAAUAAAUAAAAUUAUAAUAAAAUGGCUAUAGAAAAGUUAGUAUGGGAAAGUUAAGGUAGUUUUAUUUUUCAGGUAAAACUGAUUACAAACAACUAUCAAUUUUUAGCAUUAAAGUUUAAAUAGAAGUUAAAUUUUUGAGAUAAAUCUCAAAUUUGAUUAAUAUUUUAAAAGCAAAAAAUAAAUAAUAUUUGGUUACCUAUAAUGAUAAAAAAUUUUCAGAAAAAUUUGUAUGUUAAAAGUAUGAUUUUUAUUGAUUAUUGUUGAAUUAAGGAUUCACAUUUUUGUUGUUGUUUUCAAAUUCUGAUAGAUCAACUUUAAAUAAGUGUGGAAAAUCGUAAUAAAUAAAUUUAUUUAUUUCCCCCCGGUUCUUGAUUAGAAAAUAUUUUUAUCAAUACAGAACUAUUAGCUUUGGGUUUAAUCAUCCGAAUAUAUAUAUAAAAUAUUGGAUAUCAGAUUGUUGAUAAAAAUCAUUUAUAUAUUAUAUUUCAAAUUAUUUUAAUGGUUAAAUAAUUAUAUCAAAUAAAAUUGGUUUAAAAUUUUAUUUCCAGCUCAACUUCAAGAUGUUAUUUUUAAAUAGACAUUUUCAUUCUCCUUUUAUAAAGGUUUUAUUUGAUAGUUCUAUUUUUGUACAGAUUUAUUAUAUAGACAGGCAGUUGAAUCUUGUUGCAUAUAGUCUAUCACUUGUACUAGAUGCUGCAAAUGUCUAGUUUUAAAGAUAAGUAAUAAGAAAUAUAUUUAUAGUAUUUUUGUUCUAGUAAUUGAUAAGAUUAGGCAAACCUGCAGACUGUUACUUUCCGUCGAUGUCUAGUCAAGAGUGGAAGUGAAAUUAUUAAGAAUUUUACAGAUAUUAUAUGUUUUCAAAGAACAUAAUUCUUUGAAUUAAUAUACUAGUCACAAAAAAAUGCACACACAUGAAAAGUAUUGUUAUUUGUACAUCUUGUAAGGAUCUUUGUUGCAAUAAAAGAUGUGUACAGUUAUCCCAUUGGUACAAUUUACCAACUUCUAGUCAGAGUUUAUAUUAUUGUCAGAAUUUUAAAUAUACAGAUUCAGAAUAGCUCUAGAAAAUGUUAUAUUUCUAAUGUUUAUGCAUUUAUAGAAGGUAAAGAUCUUUGAUGUUGAACUCUCAGUUGUAACAUACUGAAUAAACAAUUUAUUGAUUAACACAAUAUUUCUUUAUCUUUUUUGAAAAUUCAUAUUCUGGUAAUGAAGGAACAUUGUAUAUCCUCUGUUUGAUGUUUUGAUCUAAGAAUUUUUUGUAAAUUUCAUAGCAAACAACUGAAAAUUCUCAUUGCCUAUGUAGGUUUUUAAAAAUAUAUAUAAAUAAUAGAAUACUUAAAUUAAAAAGGAUGUUUAAGUUUUAUCAUUAAAGAAAUUAAAUUUAAUAUAUUGAUAUUUCUAAAUCUAAAACAAUUUGUGUAUAUAUUUGUAUUUUAGUAUGUUUAACGCACUGAUGAAUGAUUUUAAAUUAUACAUAUGUUAUUCUUUACUUUUAGUUAUAUAUAAAACCAGUACUAGUCAAACUUUUUGAUUGCAAUUUUUUAUGAGCAUUUAUAUUAAUACCUUGUUGAUGUUAUGUAACAGUACAAAGGUGAAAUAUAUUCAGUAAAUUAAGGUGUUUAAAACAUUGAAAGAAGCAAUGCAUUAUCUGUUAUUCGAAGUAUGGCAGUGCUAUACAAAGAUUAGAGUAUAAAUAUAUUGCCAAAUAGUAUCUGCGGCAAAUUAGAUCCAAUUAACUUUAGAAUUGCUUGGUGAAUUGUCCACAAAUCUUUGCAUCAAAUAUUUUCCUUCAAAAAAUAUGAAAUCCUUCACAAUAAAUGCUUUAAAUCAGAUUAUUUAGUAUGAAAAUUAUAAAUCGCACUAUUGCUUUUGUGCUUUCACCUUUUUACUAUGUGUACUUGGACGUGUGCAUAUCUAGUAAAUAGGAAGCAUUUUCUGUUUGGUUGAUACAGCACAGCAUCUUUUCUAGAACUUGAAUAUCAUAGUAUUAAUGCAUUUAUGUAGUUGUAAUUCUGAAAAAAAAGUUUUAUUUAUUCUCAGUGCAAACAUUCCAUUUAUUUUAAAAGGUAAUAAAAUAUAUAUAAAGCUUUUUGUGCUUCCUAUUCAUGGUAAGUUCUCAAAAUGUGAAACUGCAUUUGUUUUUAUUUAAUCAGAAAACCUGUUUCAUUUGUUGCACUUUCCUUUUUGUCCGUUCACUCAUAUGUAAACCUACUCCUUGAAUAACUGUUUGAAAUAUUUAAAAUGUUGUGGGGUGUGAAACAUAACUAAGGUCCAGAAUAACUAAAAUUUGGUACUUGUAUGACAAUGGUGUUUUAGUCAGCUGGUAUACGGGUCCAAUGAAUGAUAAAUGAUUUAUAAUUGUCUUUUUAUUCUUUCCAAAGCAUAUGCAUUUUCACAUUUUCUCUUGCUUACUCUCUUUUUUAAUUUUAUUACAUAGAUUUUGUGAACGUAAAAUAUGCCACAUGUAUUUUAAGCUUAGAGAGUUUAACAUUUUGUUUGUAGUGGUCUAAUUAUGAUUUAUUAUUUGUAUGAAGUUUUCGUAAGUGUUCUGAACCCUGUAAUUUAAGUCAGCAUGGUUGUGCUUCCUGUUGUACAUAUAUACAAGUACAAUAUCAAUAAAUUGUUUUAACCCUUG